UACUGGUGCGAAAUAAUGCAACUCUGCUCAAAACAAAGUUUGCAGCAACACUAACGAACGACGAUAAACGACGAAUAGAGAACGAAGCACAGAACGAGGAAAUUUCACACAUCCGAGGAAAAAGGGAAAAUUAAACAAUAGGAAGUUUUGUAAGUGCAUAAACUGAUCAAAAUAUUAGAAUAUAAUAAGUUUUACAUCAGUCGAAACAUAUACAAUUAAAAAAACAUAUAGUGCUGAAGUGCAAGGAUCAUUUGAAAAUUUGAUGGGAAGUGAACUCGCUCUGUGCAACUGAGGUUUUAGGCAGCGGCGGCCGAGUGAAAGUGUCGCGGAAAUUCUGGGCUUCGUCUGCCCGCCCUGCUUUGCGCUGUUUUUAUGCGCUUUUAACGGCCUCUGCUACUGAACACAAAUUUGCAGCGAACGAUUUUGUAAGCACAGAAAAUGAAAAAUGCAAAUAGCGGAUGAAGUGCAUAGAAAAUAACAGAAAAGUGUACAAAAAAGGCAAGUGCUUUUGUGGAAGAUUUGUAUGGUGGAGAAUACGGAAAUUAAGCAGCGAAUACCAACCGAACAAGUUAACGAGCAAUUGGCGCGUGCGAACAAACUUUAACUAAUCAAAUAAUUUUAUUUUACCCUGAAUAACGCCGUUGUAUUGUAUCAGAAACGAAGUUAUGUGUAUAAACAUUUGUAUUGAAUAAGAAUUGUAUUAAUCUAGUUGGAAACAGACAGCUAUUAAGGAGGCCAAUUAAAUGCGCCGACGUCCGUUGCAUUCAUCCCAUCGUGGAGAUUACCAAGUGUGAGGGCGUAAGGUCGACACCAUCAUUGUAGAUGCCGCGGCUAUUGUAGCGUCAUCAAUUCAAUUGAAAUUAAACUGUGCUGGUGCAGUUGUAUUGCCACUGCAACAAAAGUACAAUUCUAGCAGGAUAACUGAUGGAAGCACGAAAGGCAAAAGAGCUACGAGUGCGAGUGCGACGUAUCAAAGUGAACUCUUCCACCUGCAGCCCAACCACUGCCCCGAUUGCUUAUGGCACUUCAACGUCAAGCCAGCCAACAGCUAUUGACGGAAUGGAAACAGAAGCUCCUUCAACCAGCAAAAGUACGGUAGUGCCCUCAAACAGUUCCUCGCCAUCAACUUCCGAUGGUGAUGAUUUCGCUACCGUGCAUUUUAAGCUGGCAGCCGCGUUGGAGGCUGCCGCCGCACAUGCAACUGGCAGCGGGCCGGGUGCUCACCUACUCGACUGGCAAAGUAUGAAAUCGGCACUCAUCGCUGAGGCAAACUCAACGUUAAAACUCAAGAGUUCUAGCGAACAGAAGUCGGAUGAUGAUGGGGCCGAACCACGUGACUCCGAUGCGGAACCCUUAGAUUCUUUAGCCGCUGAAACGCAAUUGGGCGGCGUGCUAUUAAAACCGCGGCAAGAUAGUGACAGCAGCAGUACAAGUUCCAGUGACGAGGACGACGACGUGCCUGAGAUAUUGCUGGUUUCACCAGAACCACAUGCAGACACUAUGGAUGCGGAUCGUUCAAUGUUAUUGUCGAAAUUACCGUUUUCCGAUCCGGGAGUUUCCGUGCUGGAUGAUAAAAACCCAACGGCAGCAUUAUCGAAGAUACUCUCCUUACCGCCAUUUGAUCCGCAUGCACCACAUUUACAGGUGCAGCUGAUUAUCAAAAAUGUUGUUUCUCUCGCGCAAUUGAGCCAACGAGAAGACAAUGUUAUUGAGUUGGACAUUAAGAAGAGCCUUAUUGCGGAGUUUGCUAUCAGCAAAAAACAUCGCACACUCAGUCCAUUUAUGGAUGUAUCAAACAUACAUGUAAAACAUAGUAACGAUGAGUUCUUUACAUUUUGCUCAUGCAAAAAUUGUCUGAAGUAUCGUGAAAUUGUUAUACAUAUUAUGGUAGAGCAAUUCAAAACGGCGCAUAUGGUGGUCAUGUUGCUGGAUGUUUUAAUUAAGGCGUACGGGCCAAUGCUAAAAAACAGGACCGCUUACAAUAAGUUUGAAAAACUAUUGGACGCCAACAAAGAGAUCUAUUGGAUAGCUUGUGGCUUUGUCUAUAAUAAAAAGGCUGAACAUAUGGAUUUCAUAUAUGACGACUCGCUAUCAGACAAUAUGAUUUUCGUACUAUUUAGUUCCAUUCUUAUGGUGAACAAUCCUUUAUUGUUGCUGCAAAUAUUAGCCUUUCACGUCGAGUGCAUCGUUAAAGCAUACGCGGAAGGCUUCAUAGAAAUUGUGGAACCUGACAACAAUAAAAUACCCGCAGAGGAAAUGCUAACUUAUAUUUUGGACGGGUAUGAUGAUUUAUGCCGUAUAUCAGAACAGAUUUCAUGUUAUUUGUUUGCAUUUGAGAAUGAUUUUCUCCGCAAAUUUAACUUAACAUGGACACUGCUGUGUCAGCGUCUAUAUCAGCUUCAUGUUUACUCUACUCUCACCGACACUAUGCUGGCCUGUAUCAUAACUCUGAAAGAGGAUGAACUAACAUCGCGCCAUGCCGCACUUAUAAAAAAAUAUAUUCAAUUCGAUGACAAAAUGACAUGCGUUGAAAAGCGUUAUACAGAUGAUAUUUGGAACGAACUCAACAAAUUUAAUAUGUCUGAAACGGAACGCAAGCGUCGAAAGUGUUUACUUAAUGUGCAUCGCAUAUUCGAUACUGUCGUGCAGGACGCAAUCGCUUUCUCGUUGCAGGAAUUCGAUGAUGACAAUGAUUUCUAUGAUUUUCAAUGCCUAGAAAAUCGGCGCCUUGCCUGGCAAAAUAUAAUGGCAUACACGAAGAUGAAAUGGCCAGAUGGAUUUUUUAAGCCGCCUAAUACAUUGGUUUGCGAAGAUAAGUGCAAGAAAUGCAAUGUGCUGUUGGAGUACCACCAAGAGAACUGCAAAUGCAUAACGUGUUCUAUCGCUGGAGGCCCACUGACACCUCGACGAUAUUCGGAUCAAAUCUGCUACAAGUGUAUGGCACAAGCCCUAAUCGAAAAAGAAGUUAAUCUGUACGAAUCUAAAAUUAUAAAUGCUUGCACAAGUGAUGACUUUUUGACAUAUAUCAAAACACGCGGCAAGCGAAAGGGUACGCUAGAAGAGUUGGGCGAAGAAGUUUGUGCUACCUUGCCAGCCAUUAAGGGAAAAGUUGAUGACACAAUCGAGUUGGGUCAAUAUCAUGUGGCAUGGGCUGUUUUUCAACACUUUAAUAAUCGAAAACGUUAUAAACAUGCAACUAUUGAUGAAAAAUAUUUUUGCAAAGAUUGCACGAGUCCGGCCUGUCUGUUAGCUCGCAAAAUACUCAACAACGAAGUGGCGCAUACUCUUUCUCUACAUUUGGUGCAAUACUAUCAGCAGCUAUCAAUGAGUAUCGAAGAACUUCGUGCUAUACUGCCAAACAUUAUGUUCUACAAUCGAAAAAUGAUUGCUUUCAACAUUGGUUUUGAUUUGACCGAUGUACAUGAUCUUGUAGUAAAGAUCUACUGGACAUUCAUUAUUUCACUUUAUGCGAGAUAUUUCAUGGAGUUCGAUCUUAAGUGUCCAUUGAAUUUAAACUACUUUGAGUUGUCAAGCAAUGACAUAAAGCUUUGCAUGGAUCAACUAGAAGGCAGCAAGGACGAUACUAAAUUCGUAAAAUUUUUGGACAAAAUUAAGAGUUUGUCGCCGUUCAAAAGCCAAGUUGAAUCUGAUUUUGCGUUUACUGUUGAUAUUCAUACUGAAGAGAUUCAAAAGAAGUUGGAUGAGCUUCUCAAUUUCGAAGAUAACCAAAGCAGUCCGCCAUUAAAUGAGCAGGUCGCACCACCCGUUAGCAAUAUCGAGCCAGCGACUGUGGUUGAAGAUCAUCCCAAAAAGAAUUGCAAAGAAAAAUUAAAGAAAUGAGUGCAAUCACGCUCGUAUGAACGAGACGCGCGAUAGGCUACGCAAAAAGUUGUCGCAGCUGGUAAAUGCGCGCAAAAAUAUGAAAGCUGCAGCAUCCGCAGCAGCUACUGGUGAUCAGCAGCAGCCGCCAACGCAGCCAGAGGCGACACCAAGCACCAGCACUAAACAGCCACCUUCAUUGAAGGCGGUAGCAAAAGCAGCGGCAGCAGCUACCGCCGCCAAUUCCAAACCGCAUAGUACUACUGGUAACAAAUUGGAGGACGAUGACGACAGCUUAGUGUGUUUAAGUACAUUGUGCAAGCGUAUUAGCCAUUUGCAUAUGAAUGCAACAUCCGUCGCUGGGCAAGCGGCGCAGUCUACAACAGCCUCGGCCCCUACAGCAACGCAAAGUGCUGUGGGUAAAAAAGCUACUUCGUCGGCGGCGACGGCAACAGGUUCAUCCGGAACUCCACCGGCAAAGAAGCCUGCAAAUUCGGGACCGAAUGCUGCUGCCUGGGAGGCGGCGAAUCGUGAGGUCAACAGCACCAGAGGCGCUAGUACCAAAAACGCUGCAGGUGGAAGUGAUAAGGGCGGUGGCAGCACUUCACGAGAUUUGAGUGUGCUCAGUGUAUAUCUAAACAGCUAUUCGAAAGAGUUCCUAGAUAAUUAUUCACGCGAUCAAUCGAAAGUACGCAAAUGGAUAAACGAAACACUGAGCUACAUCGAAGGGGGCCCUAGCGGAAGCAAUGGCACCGGUAAAAAGGCUCAACCGCAACCCACUAACCCGAAGAAGGCUGCUAAAAAAGCAAAACAAAAGCAACGCAAAGAGGAAGAAAAGCGUAUAACGGAACUGCAGGAUUUGCGUGGCCAAUUUCAUGAUAUCUAUUUCAAGGAAUUCACUGACAAACAGAAAUUGAAACUGCUAAAGUCUAGUAAGAAACGCGACAAGAAGCAAAUCGCUGACCUCGAGACGAACAUCAAAAAGCUGCAACGUGCAAAAGCAAAAGUAGAAACUGUGAUAUUGGAGUUGAUUGCCACUUUAAAACAGACCAACGCUGAAUUUAGAUUUUCUUAUUUGCCGACAAAGGAACAACAAAUAGAAAAGUUAAAAUCAAUCGAAGAGAAUGCAACUACAGGUACCGGAAGUAGCGCAAGCGCAUGCGCCAAUGCCAGUACAAACGCAAAUUUGCCCUCCACAUCCGCCAAUGCCAAUGGUGGCAUUAACAACCUGAAUGUUGCUUCUGGCAUUGCGCAGGGCAAUAAUAACUACACGCUGCCAUCUGCGUUUGCUCAUGCCAAUGUGCCAGGGGCUACUUUUUCUCCCUAUCAAAUAGACUUCCAGUCGUCACAAAGCGGCGCGCUAAAUGCCGGCGCUGCCACGGCGGGCUAUGGCAUGAUACGCACACCCCUGCCAGCACCCAUGUGCUAUGCGCCACCACCGCAUCAAACACUCUCCCCCGAUGUGGUUGCUGCAAUGGCGGCCAACGCCGCUUGCAACUCAAAUGCGGACCCCUCUAAACGUAUUGUCACAAUACGCCGCGUUAACUUGCCAAACGUGCCGGAACCACGCGUCACGGUCACCGCCAAGGGUAGCUCGCCAGAUAAGGAUAAGUUGCUCUACACAUUCGUCAAUGGGCAGCUGGUGCCAACUACCGCGCCGCCAAUGACGCAACUUCCCAUACAGCAGUUAUCGAAUGUCACAGAGCCGCGCGUCACUAUAAGUACAAAGGCCAGUCCUGCAGACAAAGAUAAGUUGCUAUACACGUUCAUCAAUGGACAAAUGGUGCCAACUUCGGCCCCGCCAAUGACGCAAUUGCCCUUACAGCAAAUACCGUUGCCACUGCCAAUGCAAGCGCCGCCACCACCACCGCCCAUUGUCGCCAGUGAAAUUCCGGCGUCACUAGCAAUACCACCACCACCUCUGUCUAAAACGCAACUGAAAAAGGAGCGACGCAGAGCGGCAAAAUUGGCAGCUGAGGAGGCGGCAGUUGCUGCUGAAGAAGAACUACUACGGCAAGAGCAAGCGCGUGCGCGCCUGGAGAAAUCGAACAGUCAGCAAAAAGCGGGCAAGAAGUCUAAGCCGAAAGCGGUCGAAGCUGUGGAACAGCGGGAUGUAGCCGCAAUGCCCAAUUCAAAAUCAAAGAGGAAUUCUAGCAGGAAUGUCGUUACGCCCUCGGCAUCAACUACAUCCGUAUCCACAGCAGAAGCGGUCGAAGGGGCACCUAAGAAUGCUGGGAAAGCAGCAACACAUGCGGUGCAACGCCGUUCAGCUUCCACAACUACUUCAUGCUCUGCAGCCACAUCGCUAUCAGCUACUCCAGUCAAUAGUCAAAUGAAUACGCGCGAAAACUCUGUAAGCAGUCAUAAACCGGGCGCAUCGGGAGCUGAAGGAGGAAAGAAAGGCAAAUUGGCAACGCAGCAACAGAAGACUCAAAGUCAGGUUCAAAAGCCGGCAGCAUCACAAAAGAAACAGAAAGCAGCAAGUAAACAGCUUCAGCAAAAGGACAUUCAAGAGCAAUCGAGUAAGGGCAACGGAGGCAAUAAAAAAAUGGAUGAACCGAAGAAAAUAGAGAGGGCGCCAACCCCUCCGCCAGAGCCAACAGCAAUAGUGGAAGAUGACGCUGAAUUGAAAGAGCGAAAGAAGCGCAGAAAGGAGCGAGUACGCCGCACAAGGCUCGUUGACAACGGACAAUUUGACAAUAACCCUUUUGCUACAUUGCAUACGCAAGACUCAGACUCAGAUUGGGACUCAGCUUUAUCAAGCUUGGGUGAGGAGGAUAACGAAACAGACUCAGAAAAUCUGCAGCAACAAAAACAAGUUGCCGCUGUGCAGCAAAAGACAACCGUACAACCGCCUUCAUCUAAAUCCAAGAAUACUCCAAAAGCAACACCGGCUCAAGCGCCUAAACCGGAGCCGACGAUUCCCACCGCGGCGGCGGCAAACACCACAUCUGUUGUCCCGAAGGCUAAAAGUAAGGUGAACGAGCCGAAUAUAAAAGAAAAUCGUAACGCUAAUCAACAAAACGCAAGACAACAGAACAAGCGAGGCCAACAUGAACAACGAAGGGAUGAUGUUGUCAACAAGAAACAACAACAACAACCACCGUCACAAAUACCACAGAAACCGCAGCAGCAGCAAAUGGCGCAACCAAAAAAUCGCCCAGCGACGCAAUCACAACGCAGGGGCGAUAAAGACAGAGAGCGUGAACUUGAUCGGGAACAGUUUAACGCGAAAGGAAAGCCAAAGGGUAAGGAAAAUGUGCAAACAAGUCAAGGUAGCAAACAUGUUAGCGGAGGUGGAGGAGGAGGCAGAGUGGUUAGUAGUGUUUCACACCGCGAACUACCUUCAAAAUCGGGCCGUCAAUCCUCUCGGCAGCAAAAGACUACUGACACCGGAUCCCAAAAGCAAACACAGCCGCAGGGACAGUUACAAGAUCCGCCACGAACCAGGGGAGGGCGUGGCAGUAGAGGAGGGGGUGGCGGUAACGGAGGUGGCGACGGUGGGGGAAGCGAUUCACGGCCGAAACGUGGUGGCGGGCGCUAUGAGCGCAGCGGACGUGGUUCAGGUGGUGGUGGUGGAAACGGCAACCAAAAUUCCAAUCGUCAUUCUGCCGAGCCCAGUCAACAAAUGUCAGGCUCCGGUGCUGAGAGUAAACCACUCUCCAAGCGCGCACAGCGACAAGCGCAACGUAAUAAAAAAUUCCAAAAGCAACAACAUCUGCAUCACAAUUAUGAGGAUUGCGGAGCUGGCAUACCGAACAAUAUGGGCUACUUCAACCCAGACGAAGUUGUGAUACCACCAUCGCCUCAGCCAGUCUUGCAGCAGCAACAACAACAACAGUAUAACAACUUACCCCAACAGCUACAAGCGCUGCACAUUGGUGGCAAUCUAAGUGUUAAAGUAAACGGUCAACCACCGAUGCAACCCAGUUACGCGAGUGUAAGUAAUGGCAGCAAUAAUGGCGGCUACCAAGGCAUGGUGCCCGCUCUAAGCAUAAUGGACCAGCUAAAUCGAGGUGUUCAAGUAGAAAACCUCUCACUGCCACCCGGCAUCACGCUCACUAAGGUGGAUCCUGUGAAGAGCGAGCAACUGCGUCAAAAAUCAGAGUCUAUACGUAAAUUGUCGAAACCGUUACAACAACAGGCGCAACAGUCGCAAUCAUUCCAUCACAAAGCUGGUGCGACGAUAAUCGCACCAGGUGGCAAUUACUUUGGUGCUGCACCAUAUGCUGGCGUUGCUGCUGCAGCCGCUGCUCUGGAGCAGAGCGGCAUCAUUAUGGUAGAGGCAAAUCCAGCCAGUGGCAAUAACAAAAAAGACCAUACAAAAUCAGGUGUUGGUGGUGGCCAGGCGCCGCCCAGUGGCAAACCAUCGAAGAGUAAGAAACGGCGUAACAAAUCAAAGCAAGAAAGCAAUGCACGCGCUGCUGCCGCCGCUCAAGCUGCUGCAAACGCUAUCGGCAGUGUUGGUGAUAGUGGAGCAGCUCAGAAUGCCAACGGACAGCCGAAAAUGAUAACGUUACGCAAUCCGAUGUUUCACGGUGGAGCGGCAAGCGCUGCCGCAACCAUACUACAGCAACAACCGGGAUUAAUACCAGGUCGUCCUACAGGCGGUUUACCGCUAGCAGCACCUAUACCGAUGGAUCAGCCAGCUGCCAUAAUCAAGAAUGAGAAUGGCAUGUUCACAAUACGGAACCCGGCGCUUCAUCAAGCAGUUACGAGUGGUCUAGCCUUGGGUGGUUAUCGGCAAUUCGGUAAUGUAAGCUAUUAUACGCCACAAGAAGCUGCCGCCGAGGCUGUUAGAGCAAAUCAACUGCAGCAACAACAAAACGCUACCAAUCAAGUGAUUGCGACAAACCACAAUGGAGACGGCAGUAGCACAUCGUCCUCAUCGGCCUUUUCAUAUUUCUCGAAUACCAGCUCGAAUGCAAGCAGCGGUAAUGCGCCAGGCUCCUCGUCUUCGUCGGCCGGCAGUGUCGGUGCCAGUACAAUUGGCAACACACAUAACACCAUCAGUAUUAGUUGUACCAGCAUAGACGAGCACGGGGGCAGCACAUCUUUAACUGGUAGUGGUGGCGGCUUGACCGGUGACGCAGCUGUAAUUGCACGACCGUCGCCACAACCAAAAUGCAUAUCUGCCAUUGGUAGUGAAAUAAAGAACGCACAACAGCAAAAGCAGAAAUGUAAAGAGAGCACGCCGCAGUGGCCUUCGUUCGUAGGUCAGGAGCUGCAAAAUCCUGGAAUGCCGGGAGCAGAAAAUUUGGCAGCAGCGGCGGCAACUUACCUCGGCAGUGCAGGAAAUGGUUGUGUUACCAAUGCCGGUAAUAGCGGUGUUGGGGUUGGUGCUUCCGUUGGUGGUGGCGGUGCAGGUACUGGUAGCUGUUUAACUACUGCCUCACUGCAAGAGAAAUACCAGCAGUCUAGCUAUUAUAACGGUUUUGUAGACGUUUUCCCACCAGCAGCACAAAGUAAUAGCAGUCAAAUAUCAACACCAGGUGCUCAUUCCAGCAAUACUGGUUCGCUCUUUGAUGGCGGUGCUGACUGCCUACAUCAUCAUAAUUGUGGUGAGGACUCACCGCCACCCACCAUAACCGGUUAUAAUUCAUAUUUGGAUGGUAUAACUAAUACGGGUGUUAUACGUUAUGAUGACGCAUCAUUCUUGAAGAAUUUAAUACCUGGGCAAAAUCUAAGCAGUGAGGUGUCCAUUCAUAAUAUAAACGACUCGAAUUUUACACGAAAUACAACAUCACCGGUGGCACAUCGUGUGGAAAUUACGCCGGUCUACCGCAGUAGACCGACGUCAACGACUACGAAUAUAUACGAACAUUGCGCAACAUCAUCAUCGCUUACACAGAGCGCAUUGAGCGAACAGCAGGCUAAAUAUCAUCCGAAUGUCGUGGCUAAUUACAAUGAGACUUUGGCUGAUUUCGGUAGUGACGCUGGUAGCAUCUUUGCAUCUAACAAUCUUGUUAAUUUGAAUGAGCUCGACGCAGGCAGUGCUGGCACUGAGUCCGAUGUUGAAUCCUAUCAGCGUUACAAUUAUGAAUACGAGAAUCAACAGCAGCAGCAGCAACAACAGCAAAAGGCAAUACUUGACCUGAACGAGCUGCUAAUCAAAAAGAGUUCACAUAGCCCACAUGCGCAAUCCGCUUCACCAUACCUAGACGAAGCGGCAAUGGACAGUUUUGUGCAGAAUAUCAGUACGUUACAAAUAUCAACAUCAGCAGAUGAGCAAUGUGGUGGCCAUAUGAAUGGAAAUGGCGGUGGUAGUAAUGGUAAUGGCAGCGGUAGUGCUGGUGGCGCCAAUGUGCCGAGCAAUACUGCUACAACAACGACGGCGAAUGGUUGGUGGUAAAGGAAAUGUCUUUCGUUUUCACUGUCGCCCGAUGUGCGGAUGUAAUGUCCAUUCUAACAAAACUGCACAGCCGACAACAUAUUGCAAUACAUGUCCUAACAUAAAUAUACAUAACAUUUAAAAACACAUGAGCGCGUAUUGUUCAUGUUAAAUCUACCAUUAAAGUCUUAAAUUGUCAAUUUAAGUAAAACGUCAAAAUGUCAAAUGAAUUAAGCUGCUUCAGUUGCGCUGUUGUGUGGGUAUGACAGCCCGUCGGUCAUUCAUAGAAUGGCGUGCUAAUGAGUUGUCGCAGCCCUGAUUUAAAACUAAUAUUAAAACAUAUUCCAUAUUGAAAAGAAACUUUGUCAUAUUUUAAAAAUGCAUAUUAAAAAAUUUGAAAAUACAAAAGCUGCAGUAAAAGAUUGUACAUGUAAUUAAAACUACAAUGCGAGUUCUAUACAUACAUACAUACUUUGAAAUACACUAUAAAAACUAAACAUAGAUUAAAAAAAAAAAAACAAUUAUUUUUCUUUUGUAUGUGUUUGUGGCUUAUCCACAACGCAUUUAAGGAUAUCUGAAAGUUUUAACGAUUUCAACAUCACUCACACGAGCUGGCAAUCGGGAUCAUACAAAAACAUUUGACUCAAGUGAAAAAAAAUAUAAGGCACGAGGUAUGUACAUAUGUGCGUAAAUUGCUUAUAUUUAACGGCUAACGACACGUAAAUACACACAUAUACAAAAGCUAUUGUAUGUAGAUGCGUUAAGCGAAGUAAUGAAAUCCACGCAUAUGAGUACUUCCAGACGAUCCAGAGCAAAGCAGCGUAGAGUUCAACGGCAUACAUUGGCGCCUAAGAAUUCGUUUUAAAUAAUAUACAUACAUACAUAUUAAAAAAUGAACUUUUUGCGCUUUUAUGCAAGACUUUUUGUUUUUCGAUUUUAUUUCAGCUAUUGACGACAACUGAAAUUGCAAUUAUAAAACAAAAAACAACUGAAACACAAAUCGAUGAUUAUAGUAAUCAAAUUAAAAAGUAAUUUUUAAACGUUCAAACGCAAAUCAUGAACAUGAUGAACGAUGUAAAUAAUAAAUGUGAUGUAUUAACUAUGCA